CACCACAUUUAACUCGACCUCGCCAUGAAUCUGGCCUUCUCUUCGUCCUACGUUGUCCCCGUCGUCUUUAUUCAUGCAGCAUGCCCACUAUCCUGUCUCUACCAACAGAACUCAUCGAGGAAACAGCUCUUUAUGUAGCUUGCCCGACGUUGGAAGGUCGUCCGAACUCUAUCCGUUCCUUUCGUCUGACAUGCACGGCCAUUAACAACGUCUUUUUGCAUUCAAAUGCUAUCUAUCGCUCAAUUUUCAAGAGCAAGUUUAGCCACAGUGCCGUUUCCAGGCGGUCGUUCGAGCCCACGUCGAGGGAGUAUCGCCAGUUACUACAGCUGUACGACGACAGUCUGCAGUUCGUCCAGGAAAUGCGGGGCCUAGAUGGAAAGGAACCGGUGGAUGCUGAUCAUAUGUCCACGGAAGAGGUUCUGUGGGUCCUGACGUUCAUGUGUUUGGACGAUGACGGCGCCAAUACCCUCCAGCUAAACGCUGUCGGUGCGUAUGAAUGGAUUCACGAGCUCGUCACCAAGCGUUUGUACGAUGGCGCGAGCGAUAACGGUGGGUGGCCGCUCGAUAACUGCAUGAAUUCUUUGGCGUUGUGGGUAUUCUGGUCUUUGUCGACGAAAGAACGAAUUCUGUCUGAACCCGAGGAUGUUUCCGACAACAUUGUGAAUCUGAUACUCCCCUUCGUUACUAUUCCCUUCCGGUAUGCGAUGGCCUAUGCGCCACCCAAUCACUUUACCCUGCCUUUGGUUUCUCAGUCUGGCGACUUCUCCAACGCUAAUACUAAUACCCGUAUACCCUUCCGUACACGCCAGACCCAUCUUCUCUCCGUUCUUACCCCCCACGGGCCUUUCCCAGUCUACCGUUCCACGGACCCGAUUUGGCUUCAGGUGUACUUUACAAGACGCAUAGAGAUAACCUGGCCUCUCGUCACAACAGCUGCAAAGCUUCUGUACUUUGCGCGGAGGGAGAGGUACGCGCUGGGUAUGAUGCCUACUCUUCCCAGGGACCGCGCCGACGCUAUACAGAGGAGAAUGACGGGUGCGACGCAGGCUGAUAUCCUUGAGAUCAACCGUAAUCGAUUGGGUGGUCCCGAUGGCAAGGAUGGCGGUACGAAAUUGCCUUACAGUGUCACGAGUGUCGGUCCUGAUGGCGUUGAUGAGGGAUCGCAAGCCAGCAGGCUGUACGAUGCGGACUGGUAUAGGUUACGGUUAUGUGGAAACGUUUGGGAUAACAGCCACGGGGACGACGAUGAGAUCUGGAGACGCGUUAAACUGGGAAAGAGGAUGUUGGUCCGACGGGGCAGCGGGACUCGUAGGUUAAGGUUUCGACGCGGGGACGUGUAUACGCUUGGCUCGUUAACCGGAUUGUGGGCUGGACGUAUGCUGAUUCCCAACGAACAAGCGCUUGCUCAACUUCUCAUGGUCCAGAAUCCCAACGAUCAUCUCGUUCCUCUUCCGCCAGGUUUCGAUGAAAUGCUCCUGUCGCUUACGAAUCGGCCUAUAUAUAUGAGGCUACAAGAGUUCGUAUCUUAUGGGGGUGAGGACAUUAUUCCUUCGGGUGUGCGGGGACCACAGCCUCCAUCUGUCUACGAAGACGCCGAGGGAGACGAAGAGGAAGAGGAAGAGGACGUAGAUGACCCUGUUCCCGAGAUUAGCGACCAGCGGCUCCUCGAAGAGUUUGACCAAGGCCUUCAGAAUGCGUAUUUUCCCGGCGGCGUCACAGAGGAAUCCUUCAAGGGCACGUAUGACGGCACUGGCAUGCGCCUGAAUUGUGAAGGGAAGGAAUACGUCUACCACAAGCUGGGGGCCGUGCAGCACGAUCCUGACUCGUGUGGGGGGUGUGUGCUGAGGGCGACGCAUAUGAUGCCUGGGUGGUCGGAGGAGGAGCAUCCGGCGGAUACGGUCCCUCUGCCGCCUUGUACAGGCGUGCAGGAUGUGAUUGUGACGGGCUCGACAGAUGAUAGGCAUGGGCAGGCGUGGAAUUAUUACACGUAUUACGGACGCGUGAGGCGAUGGGAUGGGAUGAUUGGAAUCCUGAGGGUUCCGCGGGACAGGGGGCUCGGCAAGUGGUUCUUCUACGGCUAUAUCGUGGGUGGGAAGAACUUUGUUGGGAACUGGAGGAUUACGCACGAAGAUCCGGGGAUGCCGACGGUUGAAGGAGCGUUUUGUUUGUCAAAAGUGAUGGAGGAGUGAUAGAUAUACCCUGUGAAUUUUGGAACACCUGUUGUUGUAAUUUCUAUUGUACUGAUUUGGUUUAAUGCUAUUGAAAGC